AUGGCUGUGUUUCAUGGGUCAGACUGGGUGGUAUCAAAAAUAGUGAACUUAAUAGUUAAUGAAGAGAAAACUCAGAAAGCUCAAGAUAAUGAGAAGGUUAUGGAGUCUGGAGACAAUGAAAAGAGUCCGAAUGUGAGCGAUGUCCUUGGGGCUAAGAACAACAAAGGCAAUACUCCUCUGCAUUUAGCAGCUUCUUACGAAUGUAGAGCUUAUUAUGAUUCAAGAAAAAGUAUUGAUAUGUCUACGAAGAUUGGAGAGGCAUACCCGUCCUCCGUUGUUGAGCCCAACAAUGCCGGCGAGACGCCCCUCUUCUUGGCGGCUCUUCAUGGCAACAGAGAAGUUUUUCUUUGGCUUCAUUAUCAUAUCCCUCAAGAUCCUUCAUCAAGUCGUGAUGCUCACUAUAAAAGGGACGACAAUAAUGACACCAUUAAUGAUACCAUUCUUCACUGUGCAAUUGCAGGAGGGCAUAUUGAUGUGGCAAUCGAAAUACUUCACCUUUAUAAAAAUCAAGAGAUGACGAUCAUGCGCAAUAAGAAUGGAUUGUAUCCACUCCAUAUCUUAGCGGCAACCCCUUCAGCUUUCAAAAGUACUGAUCUUGGUGGUCGAUCUUUCAUUGUUCGUCUGCUUUAUCACUGGUUUAAAGUUAAGAAGAAGGAGCAGGCCACGACGGAGGAAGCUAUAUUCCAACAACGUGAACACGAAGCACGCCUCGUCUUCGCUAUGGUUGAAUUGUUGCUUUGUAGUAUAGAUUGUGUUGACACACUAUCCUCAUCUUGGGUGAAUAAGAUCCGAAUUCUAAUUGGUCUGUUGUGGGUUUCGGCCUUGUUCCUGCUGCUCCCCCUAAUCAUCCUUGAGUUCUUAUUUUCAGCAGCAGGGAUUUGGUUACUUCGGAUACGAAAAUUGAAGGAGAAGCAUAAAUGGUCUCUUCAAAUAUUGGAACAAUUUCUUCAACACCCUUCCUGUGGAAGUAUCUCAGAAAAACCAUACGAAGUGGACAGCGAGGCAGGGUCUAAAAUAGUUGUUGACACACCACUAAUCAUUGCUGCUAAGAAUGGUGUGAGAGAAAUGGUGGAGGGAAUCCUGAAAUCAUUUCCAAAUAUGAAGAAAGCAGAGAAUGAUGAGGGAAAGAACAUAGUUUUAUUAGCAGUAGAAAAGAGGCAGACCAAGCUGUAUCAGUUUUUGCAUGGAUGUUCCUACCUUGACGAUGCUGCAUUUAGUAAAGUGGAUAAAGAUGGAAAUACUGCAUUGCACUUGGCAGCCAAGCUGGGGGUCAACCUAAAUAUGCAAACAACUACAAUGGUAGAGGAAUACAACUGGUUUGAUGUGCGUAUCUAUUUUCUAUUAAAAUUUCUUUGGCUUGUCCAUGAGGUCUAA